AUGGCCACUGCACCCGGGGAGCGGCUGCGGGAGGAGGCUCGGUGCUCCGUGUGCCUGGACUUUCUGCAGGAGCCCAUAAGUGUGGAUUGUGGCCACAGCUUCUGCCUGCGGUGCAUCUCCGAGUUUUGCGAGAAGUCGGACAGCGCUCAGGGCGGCGUCUAUGCCUGUCCCCAGUGCAGGGGUCCCUUCAGGCCCGCCAGCUUCAGGCCCAAUCGGCAGCUGGCCAGUCUGGUGGACAGCGUGCGACAACUGGGAUUGGGUACAGGACACCCAGGGACGCGCCAGUGCGCGAGGCACGGCGAGGACCUGAGCCGCUUCUGCGAGGAGGACCACACGUUGCUGUGCUGGGUCUGUGACACUAGCCCUGAGCACCAGAGCCACCGCACCGAGCCGCUGCAGGAGGCUGCCAGCCGCUACCAGAGGAUGCUCCGAGCGGCUUUGGAACUUGUGAGGAAGGACAUGGAGGAGGCCCUGAUGCAGGAGACCAACGUGGGGAAGAAGACUGUCAUUUGGAAGGAGAAAGUGGAGAUGCAGAGACAGCGCUUCAGGCUGGAGUUUGAGAAACACCGGGGGUUUCUGGCCCAGGAGGAGCAGCUGCAACUGAGGCGGCUGGAAGAGGAAGAGCGGGCGAUCCUGCAGAGACUACGCGACAGUAGGAAUAGGCUGAUCCAACAGAACAAGGCCCUGAAGGAACUGGCAGAAGAGCUGGAGGAGAGGAGUCAGAGGCCAGCCCUGGGGCUGCUGGAGGGAGUGAGAGGAGUCUUGACCAGAAGCAAAGCUGUCACACGGCUGGAACCAGAGGCGGUGCCCUUGGAGCUGAAGACAGUGUGUCACAUCCCUGGGAUGAGGGAGAUGCUGAAGAAAUUCCAAGUGGACGUGAAACUGGACCCCGCCACUGCCCACCCCAGCCUGCUCUUGACGGCCGACCUGCGCAGUGUGCAGGAUGCGGAGGUCUGGAGGGAUGUCCCAAGCAACCCUGAGCGCUUUGACACCUGGCCCUGCAUCCUGGGUCUGCAGGGCUUCUCCUCUGGGAGGCACUACUGGGAAGUCAUCGUAGGAGAAGGAGCAGAGUGGGGCCUAGGGGUUUGCCAAGACUCGGUGCCGAGAAAGGGGGAAACCACACCAUCUCCAGAGAACGGCUUCUGGGCCAUGUGGCUACUGAGGGGAAGUGAGUACAUGGUCCUGUCUUCUCCCUCGGUGCCUACGGUACAAGAUGAGCGACCUCGCCGCAUCGGGAUCUUUCUGGACUACGAAGCAGGCGAAAUCUCCUUCUACAACAUCACAAAUGGGUCUUACAUCUACACGUUCAGCCAUCUCUUCUCCGGCAUUCUCAGGCCCUACUUUUUUGUCUGUGACGCAACUCCUCUUAUCUUGCCACCCAUGACAGAAGCAGGACCUGGAAACUGGACCCCUAGGGGUCUCCUUGAUCUAGCUGCUACUGUUAGAAGGGAGGACUGCUGA